CCCCAUUCCAAGAUGGCGGCCGCCUGCCGAAGUGCGAUGGGGCGCCGGAAGUGGCCGGUGCGGAAACGAAAGCGGGGACGCGGCGGCCAGAGUCCGCGGCGCGGUUGAGGGCAUGAAGCUGCGGAGCGCGGCGGGGGCCGCCCUGGGCCUGGCGCUGCUGCUGAGCCCCGUGCGCGCCCUGGAGCCCGUCAGCAUGGGGCUGGCGCUGGCCGGGACAGCGGCAAUUGCGGGCUCCCUUUUUUUGUGUUCCCUGGCUGGUGUUUUCGUCACAGCCCUGCAGAAGGAUUUCCAGAAGAGGCUGUUCGGCCAGCACCUCGUGCAGAAGGUGGUUGUGAAAGCAGUGACCAGCUUCCUGAACAAUGCAAACCCCAAAAAGCCUCUCACCCUCUCGUUGCAUGGCUGGACAGGCACAGGCAAGAACUACGUCAGUAGAAUCAUUGCAGAGAACAUUUACAAGGCAGGCUUGAACAGCAAAUACGUCCAUCUGUUUGUGUCCACUUUGCAUUUUCCACACAAAAGUAAAAUUGAGCAAUAUAUGGAGGACCUGCAGUCCUGGAUUCGGGGAAAUGUGAGCGAUUGUGCCCAGUCAAUGUUCAUAUUUGAUGAAGUGGAUAAAAUGCCUCCAGGACUCAUAGAUUCCAUUAAACCAUUCUUAGAUUAUUACGAGAAGCUUGAUGGCGUGUCUUAUCAAGAAGCCAUCUUCAUUUUUCUCAGCAAUGCAGGGGCAGAAAAGAUAACAGAAGUGGCACUGGAUUGCUGGAGAAGUGGAAAGAAAAGGGAAGACAUAAGCCUCAAAGAACUGAAUGAUGUGGUGUCUCAUUCAGUUUUCAAUAAUAAGAAUAGUGGCUUUUGGCACAGCAGACUGAUAGACAGAAACCUCAUUGAUUUCUUUGUCCCCUUCCUACCUCUGGAGUAUAAACAUGUGAAAAUGUGUGUCAGGGUGGAAAUGGAAACACGUGGUUACCCUGUGGAUGAAGACAUUGUAAGCAGAGUAGCUGAUGAAAUUACCUACUUCCCCGAGGAGGAAAAAUUGUAUUCUCGAAAAGGAUGCAAAACUAUACCCAACGCUGAUUUUGAUUAGGAAUAGUAAUGUUUUAUGAUGCUGCAAUCUGCAAAGCAGCAAAUGAACUUAAGAAGCUCAGGGAAAACCAAAAUUUUUUAUUAUUUUUCAAGCACUUUUUCUUUUUUUUUUUAGAAAAGAGAGCAAUACCAUUUUUAAUUGUCUGUCUGAUUUAAAUAAGUGGCAAUCACUUUCAUUUUUAUCCAGCGGAAACUUUCAGUAGCUACGGCUCCUAAAAAGACUUUGUGCAAGAAUCCGCAAAGAGGGAAGAAUUGUACUUUAGCAAAAAAUAAGUAUUAAUAAGACACAGAGCUCUAUUACGACCAUGUAACGCCCUAUACUAUACAUUACUUCCUUUGGGUAACACCUUGCAUUUAGGGAGCACACUUCUUCCUUUGUCUUCAGUUUGCCAUAUAUUCAUUUAUUAGCUCAAACGUAGUCAACAAUAAGCUCUGUUCCUGGCUCUGUGCCACUGAGUGACUGCAGAGCCUUAGACUUCAGGCCUGUGCUUUUCAGUUAGGAAAGAAGUGUCUAUGGAGAAGUUGCCCCUUAUGGAUCAUUGUUUAACAUGUGAUUAUUCUCAGACCGGGUGUUGAUUGUUGGUUGUGCAGUAGAACCCUGGUACACGUGCUAUGCCGGUUUUCACCACGUUGUUAUUUGAUGUGGAAAUGAUCUCGGUAUUGUAUGGCACUUUUUAAACAGAACUCUUAUGUCUUCAGGACCCUUCCUCGGUGUUGUAGUUGGGAAUAUCGUCAGACCUGCUUUGAAUGGUGAAUACGUUGUGGGGGGGCAGUUUCCUUAGGCUACAAACAUCUUUGGUGCAUUCAGCUCUGUUUGAACCAAUAGGUGAGAGAACCAGAUGUCCGGUCCUUAUCACCUGGUUUUAUGCAGUGCCAUUAUGAACAAAUCCUUUGGUGCCAAACAGCGUUAGCAGUGUGAGGCAUCCAGCUUGUUAGGGGAGUAUUUUUCAACAAUGCUGAGAAAAAAACCAUGCCCUAAAGCAAAAUCCGUGACAGUGUCCCUACAAUGGAGGAGGUAGCCUGUACUUUUAGCUUUUUGAUAUGUGAAGUUGGAUACCCAGUUUGUUCUCAUGCUGGUGUUUCUCCUGCCUUGUGGGAUUGAUGUAAAAGGUUGUUGGGUAAAAUCCAUUGAGGCUUCUUGUUCAGAUAGCUGGUUUCAGUCGCAAGCACUGGGAACUGACCGCACAUCUUAAGUCUUCUUUAUGGUGUGGUUGGCAUAAGGGACAGUUUGCUUUACUCACCAACUUUUAUAAAUCAAUCCUGUUUAGCAUGUUUGUGAUCUAUCCUUGCUUUUCCCCCAAACAUUAUGAGGCAGUGCUAUUAAGGAACAGAUGAAGAUAAAACACUACCUUGAAAAAGAAUUAUGUACUAUAAGGAUUCAGCUAAAGUUAUUAUAUGUGCCAGUCAUAUUUAUACAUCGAAACACUACUGACAUUUUUUACUCUGAUUUCUAAAUAAGAUUUGUAUUUUGUCAAUAAAAGUUUUUAAUCAAAAAAUGCU